ACGUGACCAUUUCGGGCGGAGCAAGAUGGCGGCGCCCAGGGAAGUAGCGUGAACGCUUUGCCGGUGGAGCCUCGUCUGGACCUGGGUUGCUUCGGUCACCGAAGCCUCAGCCUGUCGCCAUGUCGCGACUUAUCGUCAAGAACCUGCCGAGCGGGAUGAAGGAAGAGCGGUUCCGGCAGCUGUUCGCAGCCUUUGGCACCCUGACCGACUGCAGCCUCAAAUUCACCAAGGAUGGCAAGUUCCGCAAGUUCGGCUUCAUUGGUUUCAAGUCAGAAGAGGAGGCCCAGAAUGCCCUGGACCACUUCCACAGGAGCUUCAUCGACACCUCUCGGGUCACGGUGGAAUUCUGCAAGUCCUUUGGAGACCCAUCCAAGCCCCGAGCCUGGAGCAAACACUCCCAGAAGGUCACCCAGCCGGGGAAACCGGACCAAAGCCCAGUGGCCUCAGAGACUCAGAAGGAGAAAAAAAAGAAAAAGCCGAUGGGAGAAUUGGAAGAGCUGAAGAAAGAUGCUGAGUUUCAGGAAUUCCUGAUGGUUCAUCAGAAGCGAACACAGGUGGCCACGUGGGCCAACGACACUGUGGGAGUGGAACCAAAGAAAGGUCAGGCCAAGAAGGAAAAUGACUACCUGAACUUUGAUUCUGACUCGGGCCAAGAGAGCGAAGAGGAAGACGAUGAUGGAGACUCUGAAAAGGGAAGCCCUGCAGUGAAGGCAGCGGAACAGAAGGAGCUUUCCGACAUGGACUACUUGAAAUCUAAGGUGGUGAGAGCAGAGUCCGAGGAGGAGGAGGAGGAGGAGGAGAGCGAAGAUGAGGCAAUGGCUAGUGAAGAGGAAGGCGGCGGCGAGGAAGAGGAGCCGCCAAAACCCAGUACCAAAGGCUCCAGGAGCGCCAGGGAGAAGGGGACCAGCCCGGGAGCAGGGGGCAAGCGGCCCCCGGCAGCCAAGGGAGAGGUGAUGAAGCCAACUGCCCAGUCUGAGCCCACGACCGCUUACACGGUGAAGCUGCGUGGAGCGCCGUUUAACGUCACUGAGCAAAAUGUUAGAGAAUUCCUGCUGCCCCUCAAGCCUGUGGCCAUCCGCAUCGUACGAAAUGCUCAUGGGAAUAAGACAGGUUACAUCUUUGUGGAUUUCAGCAGCGAAGGGGAUGUGGAGAAGGCCUUGAAACACAACAAAGAAUACAUGGGCGGCCGCUACAUUGAGGUGUUCAGGGAGAAGGGGGCCCGUGUGACCCCAAAGCACCGGGACAGCAAGAAGGCGUGGCAGGGCCGAGAGCUCAAGGAGGACGAGGAAGAGGAGGACCUAGCCGACUCUGGGCGGCUCUUUGUGAGGAAUCUGCCCUACACCAGCACUGAAGAGGACCUGGAGAAGAUAUUUGCCAAAUACGGUCCCCUGAACGAAGUCCAUUACCCCAUAGAUGGUCUGACCAAGAAGCCCAAGGGCUUUGCUUUCAUCACGUACAUGUUCCCCGAGCACGCCGUGCAGGCCUACGCGGAGGUGGAUGGACAGGUCUUCCAGGGCCGGAUGCUCCACGUGUUACCCUCCACCAUUAAGAAGGAGACCAGCGAAAGCCCAGAUGCAGCAUCAUCUUCCUACAAGAAGAAGAAGGCAUUGAAGGACAAAGCCACUAGUUCCAGCUCUCACAACUGGAAUACACUGUUUAUGGGGACGAACGCUGUGGCCGAUGCUGUCGCACAGAAGUACAAUGCCACAAAAAGCCAAGUGUUUGAUCACGAGAUCAAAGGCAGCGUGGCUGUGCGGGUGGCGCUGGGGGAGACCGAGCUGGUCCAGGAGGUGCGUCGGUUCCUCAUUGAGAAUGGUGUGAGGCUGGACUCCUUCAGCCAGGCCGCUGCGGAGAGAAGCAAGUCUGUGAUUUUGGUGAAGAAUCUUCCCAUGGGCACGAGGGCCUCCGAGCUGCAGGAGAUCUUCAGCCGCUAUGGCAGCCUGGGCCGUGUGCUGCUGCCUGAGGGAGGCAUCACGGCCAUCGUGGAGUACCUGGAGCCUCUGGAAGCCCGGAGAGGCUUCACCAGCCUGGCCUAUUCCAAGUUCCAUGAUGUCCCCUUGUAUCUGGAAUGGGCACCGAUGGGCAUCUUCUCCAGUCAGCCUCCUGAGAAGAAAGAACAAGCGGAUAAAGAGGCUGCCCAGACCACAGCUGGGCUGGAUGAAGAAGCUACAGAAGCCACACCUGAGAAAAGAGCAGCAGCAGAGGAAGAAAAACCAGAUGCCCUUGGCAAGGAGGAGGAGGACGAUGAAGAUGAAGAAGACGAGAGUCUUCCUGGGUGCACGUUGUUCAUUAAGAACCUCAACUUCUCCACCACAGAGGAGACACUGAGAGAAGUUUUCUCCAAAGUUGGAACGGUGAAGAGCUGUACUGUUUCCAAGAAAAAGAACAAAACAGGUGCUUUGCUGUCCAUGGGCUUUGGCUUUGUGGAGUACAAGAAGCCAGAGCAGGCCCAGAAAGCCCUCAGACAGCUCCAGGGCUGCCUGGUGGACGACCACAAGCUGGAGGUGAAGAUUUCCGAGAGGGCCGUCAAGCCUGUUGUGACCUCAGCUCGGCAGAAACAGACGGCCCGUAAGCAGAAGACGUCUAAGAUCUUAGUCCGGAACAUCCCAUUCCAGGCCAACGUGCGGGAAAUCCGAGAGCUGUUCAGCACCUUCGGGGAGCUGAAGACAGUCCGUUUGCCAAAGAAGAUGACGGGGACGGGCCCCCACCGAGGGUUUGGCUUUGUGGAUUUCCUGACCAAACAAGACGCCAAGAGAGCGUUCAAUGCCCUAUGCCACAGCACCCAUUUGUACGGCAGAAGACUGGUCCUUGAGUGGGCAGACACAGAAGAGACGGUCCAGGCCCUGAGGCGGAAGACAGCUCAGCAUUUUCAUGAUUCCCCAAAGAAAAGGCGGUCUGUGGUGUUGGACGAGAUCCUGGAGCAGCUGGAGGGGGACAAGAGCGAGGACAGCGAGUAGCAGAUACUUCAGCUGCUCUCUGGCAGAGAGAGGUACACAGCUGGUCCUUCUCAGCAAGGCUCUGGAGAGAGCUGGUUCCUUCCUGUCUUCUAGCCCUGGUUUGUUUGAAAUGGAGAGGAAGACACACUCACCUGUUACCAUCCAGAUUCACCCCAUUAUGGCCUCCAACGAUGCAGACACAGCUGUGGAAGACCAAAUUUUCUCAACCCAAUCGCUGCACAUCCUCCCCACCCCAACCCUCACAUUUGGAACCAAUUCUGUGGAGAGGAAUUUACUCCUGGCACAAAAAGUCUUCUAGCAAGAAGAGCAAGAUGGAGUCUUGAAAUUCACAUCUUGAAGGAUGGUCCUUUAAGUCAGGGCAUGAAAGAACAACAGGUCUCAAGCCCUGAAGGAUUCUCUCUCCUAUUAAAAAAUAAACAAAUUGAGUAUAGUGGACAGAGUGCUGGAUUUGGAGUCAGGAAGACCUGGAUCCAAAUUCCUCCCCUGACAUUAGCUUUGUGACCCUUAGCAAGCCACUGGAAAUCAGUUUCCUUAUCUGUAAGAUGGGGAAAACUAGAAACAUUACCCAUCUCACAGGGUUGUUAUGGAGAGCAAACAGGAGAGUAUGUGUAAAGAUUUUUGUAAAUCUUUUAAAAUGCUAACUAAAUGUCUAUUUUUAUUAUUAUUA